AUGUUCUCCAGGCUAGUCCCUCGCACCUCUGUCUCUCGUGCCCGCUCGAUCUCUACGCAGUCUCGAGGCCUGGCUGCAAUCCUGGAGAAGAAACCAGAUGAUGUAGUCAUAACGUUCGCGAAGCGCACAGCUAUGGGCCGCGCGAAGAAGGGGCAGCUGAAGGACACUCCAGUAGAUGAACUUCUGCACGCCUUGUUCAAGGCCGCUCUGAACGAGACGAAAUUAGAUCCAGCAAAAGUUGAGGAUAUUUGCGUAGGAACAUGUCACCCACCAUCACCACUGUAUGUUUCUCGUGCAGCGGCAAUGGCAGCCGGCAUUCCUGCCGAUGUUCCUAUCUCCACUGUAAACCGUCUGUGUUCGUCUGGACUUCAGGCUAUCAGAGGAAUUGCUCACGCGAUCGAGUCGCGAGAGAUUACCUUGGGUAUGGCAGUUGGAGUGGAGAGCAUGUCCUUGAAUCCACGUCCGACUCCGGAGAUUGUGGACCAAGUAGGAUCUCACCCACAGGCGAUUGAUUGUGUACAGCCCAUGGGAUGGACGUCGGAAAUGGUCGCAGAAGCGUACGACGUUCCUCGAGAGAAGCAGGACCAAUACGCGCUCAUAUCCCAUACGAGAGCUGAGAAGGCAUCUGCCCAAGGCAUAUUCGCCGACGAGAUUGUCCCAAUCGAAUUGCGUGGGACGGUCAUUUCUGUCGAUGAUACUCUGCGAAGGGGUACCACGCUAGAGGGUCUCGCUAAACUCAAGCCUGCUUUUCCUGACUGGGGUAGUUCCUUCACCACUGCAGGAAAUGCAGCUGGUCUAGGUGAUGGUGCCGCAUUGUGUAUUCUGACAACAAGAGAACGAGCAGAGAAGGAAGGCAUGCAAGUUGUGGGCAAAUAUGUAGCGAGCAGUUUUGUCGGUGUUGAGCCUCGCUACAUGGGGAUUGGGCCAAUAGCUGCUGUACCCAAGAUUCUGGCGAAGACGGGCCUGACGAAGGAAGACGUUGAUGUCUGGGAGAUCAACGAAGCAUUUGCAUCGCAGUUCGCCUACUGCGUGGAGCAACUUCAAAUUCCGAUUGAGAAAAUAAAUCCCAAUGGAGGAUCGAUUGCAUUGACCCAUCCUCUUGGAAUGACUGGCACUCGUCAAGUAGUGACAGGUCUCGCGGAGCUUCGUCGUCGCGGUGGGAAGGUCUUGUGUACAAGCAUGUGCAUUGGCAGCGGCAUGGGCGGGGCUGGCAUCUUUGUUAAUGAGCUUCGUCCAUGA